AUGAAUGGACCAUUAUCAGUUAUUAAUUAUCCAAUAAAUGAACAAAUUAUUGGAAAAUUUCAUGUAACUCCAAUUGAUAAAUUACAAGUAAAUCAUGUUGAAACUAUUCCACAAACAUCAUCGAUUGCGGAUGAAACAGGAUGUACAUCACGUUUUCAAAUGAUUCGUGUUGAUAGAAACUUUGGACGUGGAAGAUGGAAAGUUAAUGAUUAUGAACCACCUGAAAAUAUUACAUCUUCAAUUAUACCAGUGAAUACAAUUGAAAAUGAAUCAUUUAAUAAUUUAAUAAUUUCAAAUGUACCUACUACAAACAUUCCAAAUAUACCAUCAGUUGUUAAUGGAGAUUUAGCCACAACUUCAUCUACUACACUUGCGUCAGCCGCUGUUGCUGCAGCUGCAACUGCAUUUCAACACCAACAACAACUAAUGGCACUAAAUAAUACACCAACUUUAGUACCAGUAACUAACGUUCCAUCUCAAGCUGGACUUGUUCAUCCUUAUCAUUCACCAGCACUAGCUAAUCGAUCUUAUCUCUUGUCGAAUCAUCAUCCACAAUUCGGUUAUUAUCCAUUCUAUCCAUCACCUUAUUCCCCUUAUGCAGCUUCAUGGGCAGCUGCUAUGGCUGCUUCGAAUCCUUAUUUAUCAUCUACACAAAUGAUACCACCAUCACAGCAAGCACCUCUUAAUGAUUUUCCUCGACCUACAGAUCCAACUUCGGAUAUGAAUGGUGAUAAUACAGUUUUUUUAUACGGUGAUCCACAUUAUCAUUCAUCACUUGUUCUACCAACAUCAUCACCCUAUGCAACUAUACCAUCCUAUCAUCCAAUGCAACAUCCACCAAUCCAUACACUAUUACCCAUUCCAGCAUCUCACACUAUUCCAAAUAAUACAAAUGAUACACAACAAACAUCUAUACUUACUACACCAAAAGGUAGUUUACAACAAACAGCAUUAAUAACUACACCAAAGCCUUUAGUUAAUGGUAUUAAUAAUGAUCCAUUAAAAACUCCACAUGUCAAUGGUUGUCUAGCUACAUUAGCUAAUACAAAUAAUUCAAACCCAUCAUUAAGCAAUAUUUUGAAAUAUGCAACAACAGGUUCACCAUUAAAUCUAACUCAAACAGCACAAACAGCAGCAGCUACAGCUGUUGCUGCAAUGGGUUUAUUAAAUAAUGAAAAUAGUCAAAAUAAUGAAAUAGCUAAUGAAAUUCUUAAAGGAAUUUUAAUAACACCAGCAAAAGAAAAAAGCUUAUUAGAUGAAAGUACUUGUUAUAGUUUAGCACGACAGCUCAGUACGGCUGGUAUUGAUAACAAAAUUUCAGCUGCUAUGGAUCUUGUUAAAAUGCAUUUGUUAUCGGCUGUUCGUGAAGAAGUAACAGAGUUACGACAACAAAUUCAAAAACUUAAUGAAAAAAUCAAUAGUAUUGAAUGUGAAAAUACAUUACUUCGUCAACAUGUACCCAGUGAAAUUUAUGCUCAAUAUAUUUCAACAUUAACGAAUUCAUCUUCUUCAAAUGAUUCAACAAUGAUUACUACAACACCUUCAAUUCCAUCGUCUUUAAAACGACAUUCAAUAUCAAUAACUGAUAAUAUACAAAUACCUCUAUUAACUAUGAAAUCUACUCCAACUUAA